UUAGCUUUGUCUCAUUUUCCAUCAGACAAAGCAUUGUGCAUUUCAUUUUCUUGUGUCUUUCUUUUUGACCACCAUGGCGUCCUCCGGUACCAUCACCCCUGAUCUCCUCAACUCGUUGUUAUCUCCUGACGCUCAGCGUCGCAGUCAAGGAGAAGCCUUCUUGCAGACGUUGUCCGUCGCCCAACGAGUCCAAGGAUUUCUUCCCAUUGUCAUUCAGGCCAAUGACAACAGCAACAACAACAACAACUCUACCCAUGGACACUUGGCGGCCGUCUUGUUGCGUCGAGACAUUCUGCGCAUGACGGAAUCCCCGGAAGCACUCGUGGAUCCUCUUUUGCAGGCAUUUUUGACGGCUAACACUACUGCCAGCAGCACGACAACCAAUCGCAUUGCCAUUGGACAUUGUCUGGCAGAGAUUGCUGGAUCCGUCGCCAUGUUGGCGCCAUCCAACCAAGAACGUGUCAUGAACCGAAUUCUCACGGCGAUUGGAAAUGCGGUGGGACAAGGCGACAUUGCGUCACUUCGUUUGUUAACUGCCAUGGCAGAACGGGCUCCUCUCGUCUUUGCCACUACCGCUGCUCCAUCCCUCGAAAAUCUCAUUCAGCAAGUGACCUUCUCCAACAAUAACAACCACAACAAUGAACAACUCUUGGAGGCCCUCAUGCAACUCUUGGUGCACGCAGCCAUUGCCACCCAAGCAACCCAGCAGACUGUGUUGCUGCCAUUUACCACUGGCGAGGAAAAUGCCACUAUUGAUCCCAAUUCAGUGGCAGCGGCAUUGGGACGCAGCUGUUUGCCCAAAUUGAUGCAACAGUGGUCAUCAUCCUCCUCCGAAAUAAGCUCAUCAUCAUCAUCAUCAUUGGCCAUGCUUCAAGAAUGGA